CAAGAAAACAUCGUGUCGGUGACGUCGCCGACCCGCGGGGCGGGCAACGUGCCUUAAGACCCUCAAUGUCUUAUGACUUCGGACAUCCGAGCUCGCUACACUUUCUAUUCCAUUCUUGAGCAUUCAGGGUACAUAACAGCCCAUUGCUGCUCUUCGCUACGAUUCAAGCACUCUAGUUUCCCGAAACUUAGUAAAUACGAACCAAUACCGCAAAGAUGUCUAUGUCAAUUGAAGAAUGCCAAACACCGCGCCCCGGCUUCCCUAGGCCAGUACCGUCUGGCCCGACAAAUGUCCUGGAGCAAUUCAGCAUGAAGGGCAAGGUCGUCGUUGUCACUGGAGCUGCAGAAGGCAUUGGCGGGGCCGUCGCUGAUGCAAUGGCUGAAGCUGGGGGAGACGUUGCGCUGUGGUACAACUCAAACCCCGAGGCAGAGAAGCGCGCAGAGCGCCUCGCAAAAGAGCACAACGUCAAGACAAAAGCAUACAGCGUCAACGUCACAGACCCAGAAGCUGUCAAGUCCAACCUCGACAAAGUCGUUGCAGAGUUCGGCAAGGUCGACGUCUUCAUCGCUAAUGCAGGAACUGGCGAUUCGCAACCCCUCCUGGAGCAGUCUCUGGACGCAUACCGCAACUUGAUGGCCGUGAACGUGGAUGGACCUGUCUACUGCGCCAAGUAUGCUGGUCAGAUCUUCAGGCAGCAAGGGUUCGGCAACCUGAUUCUUACUGGAUCGAUCUCGAGUCACAUCGUCAACGUGCCUGUCGAUCAGCCGAUCUACAACGGCUCCAAGGCUUUCAUUACGCACAUGGGCAAGUCACUGGCGCGUGAGUGGAGGGAUUUCGCGCGUGUCAACAUUGUGAGCCCGGGUUUCUUCGACACCAAGAUGGGCGCUGGCCCGAAGGUUAUCACAGAGGGUCUGCGCAUGAUUCCUUUGGGGCGACAGGGCGAUACGAGGGAGAUCAAGGGCGUAUUUCUGUUCCUCGCAUCGAACGCAAGUUCUUACGUUACAGGUAGUGACUACCUAAUCGACGGAGGCUACGUGCUACCUUAG